UGUCUAAGUCCAUAGACACCUCCAAGGUCAUGUGGCUGGCAUGACUGCAUGGAGCGCCGUAACCUUCCCACUGGAGUGGUACCUAUUGAUCUACUCACAUUUGCACGUUUUCUGCCAAUUGCUAGGUUGGCAGGAGCUGGAGCUAACAGCGGGCACUCAAGUCGCUCCCAGGAUUUGAACCUGGAACCUUUCGGUCUGCAAGUUCAGCAGCUCAAUGCUUUAACACACUUCACCACCGGGGCUCCCUGUGUGUGUGUGUGUGUGUGUGUGUAUAAUGAAUUUUCAUGUAGUGAUGUAAAGCCGGUUUGCCAGGAAGCCUGACUGCUCGUAGCACUCCUAUAGCUACCAAAUGAAGUGGCCUGGCAUGAGAGCAGGGAAAAAUAUUUUUUAGUUGAUCAGGAUCCAGGCUAUUUUAAGCAUUGGGGACCAGGAUUGCUAGACUGAAAACUGGAGAGGUCUCAUGUAUCUUUAAUUAGGGAAUGAUAGCAGAAGUUGCUUGUUACCUGUUCAUGUAGCAAGUUGCAUCUGCUGAAAUUCCCUCUUCAGAGCAGAAGUCCUCUCCAGUUUCCAUUCCAGCACCUCUACUGCAGAAUCUCCUUCUUGCCCACUGCACCAAACGACGGCCUAGCUCUUCCCUGUCUAUCUUACUACUGGGAUUUUGUCCAAGUUUGCCCAUACCUGGGGUAGAUUGACUGAGUUUGCACAGUUUGCAAGGAAUUACUUUCCCACCAUCCCCUGCUUCCAAGGGAUGCCAACAUUUACAGUAUAGGAGUCAAAUAUAAAGAGUGAAAACAAAUGUAAUAUAUUAUUUACACCUCACAACACUAGGUGGUAGUAAUGUACAUUUAACUGUAUCCCUCUUGUGGUGGAAAAGGCCCCUUGUGUGAGGUGACUUGCUUGUUAUCCCUUCCAGCAGGAAAGAAGCCAUGGCGACAAAUGGGAAAGUCAUUCAGCAGAUUCAUCAUUAGACUAAAUUGCAGCCUAGAGCUUCUUGAAAGAAGGAUGAGAAUCAUUAUGUGAAAAUGAGAAGGAAACUAUGUUCCUGGAGGAAGAAGGAAGGAGACAAAGAAUGGACACUUUCCAAGAUACUUUCCAGAAAGUGGAGAAGAUUGGGGAAGGUACAUAUGGAGUAGUAUAUAAAGCCAGAAACAGGCAGACAGGCCAGUUAGUUGCUUUGAAAAAGAUCCGUUUAGAUUCGGAGACUGAAGGGGUUCCUAGUACAGCAAUCAGAGAAAUCUCUCUGCUGAAAGAGCUGAAACAUCCAAACAUAGUGAGGCUUCUUGAUGUCAUACAUAGUCAGAAGAAACUCUAUCUGGUGUUUGAAUACCUUAAUCAGGACCUUAAAAAAUACAUGGAUUCAUCCCGUACAGGGGAAUUGCCUAUGAGUUUAAUUCAGAGCUAUCUUUACCAGCUGCUACAAGGCGUGAGCUUCUGUCAUUCCCACAGAGUCAUUCACAGAGACCUGAAGCCCCAGAACUUACUCAUAAAUGAAACAGGAGCCAUCAAAUUAGCUGAUUUCGGCCUUGCUAGGGCCUUUGGUGUUCCACUGCGCACUUAUACUCAUGAGGUUGUAACUUUAUGGUAUCGAGCCCCUGAAAUUUUACUGGGUUGUAAGUACUACUCCACAGCAGUGGAUAUCUGGAGCAUUGGCUGCAUAUUUGCUGAAAUGGUGACCAGAAAGGCCUUGUUUCCUGGAGAUUCAGAAAUUGACCAGCUCUUCCGAAUCUUCCGUACUCUGGGGACACCUACUGAAUCGCUGUGGCCAGGAGUGACUCAGCUUCCAGACUACAAGGGGAGUUUUCCAAGGUGGCCAAGAAAAGACAUGAAGGUGGUAAUUCCGAACUUGGACCGGGAAGGACGAGACUUAUUGGUUCAACUACUACUGUAUGAUCCCAACAGGCGUAUCUCAGCCAAAGCUGCUCUGAACCACCAGUUUUUCCGGCAGACACCAUGGGAUUCCAAAGAGCUGUAUGUGGUGCAGAGAUAUGGCCCAUGAGAGGAAGCAGUUUUGGGGUGACCGCAGAAGAUGGAAUCUUCUAAUUCUGGUUUAGAUGCACUCAGGUCUUGUGCAAGAAUUGAUAUUAUGUUAAUGUAAUAUUUCACUGUUCUAAAGUGCCUUAAAAUGACACUUGUUUGUCCCUUAAAUGAGGCAAUAAGCUUAGUGUUCAUUGUAAUUGAAGAAGCAAUGGAAUGGGGCAAAAGUCUGACUAAGUCCAACCCUUGCAAUCACAUAUUAUGUAAUAUUUGCUGUGGUUCAGAUAUUUUUUUUUUGCAGAGAAAUUAGUUAGAAUUAGUCUUUGUAAGCCCAACUUUAAAACUGAAAUCUGCAAGCCUACCUUCUGAUUCUUUUCUUAAAAUGUUCGCCUUGUGUUGGCGUUCACAGUGCUAUUAGUAACUAUGCCCAAGAUAGUAAUAUAGGGACAUCAGAGCCACACCCUAGAAUGAUACACUUCAGUUUCUUCCUUCAUUCCUCAUCAUUAUAUUCCCUGUUUGCCAUGCUUUCCAUAUCCUUCAUCAUUAUACUCAGGCAAUCUUGGACCUUAAGACAGGAAAACCAGAACUUGGUGUUUGGUCCACCAAAACUAUUACAGAUUUAGUGUGGGAGUUCUUGAUCUUAGUCACUGGGCUUUUUUAUAGCACUAGAAUUUUGACUGUAAUUUAUUGGAAAUACUGACCAUCAGUGUGUCAAGAGUAAGGCAUCAUGACAUGGAUACUACAGAACAUCAAAGAAUAAAUGCUUGACAAAAUGUAUGAUGGUCCUGAGUUGGAUCCGGAGAUCAAAGCAGAGAUUUAUUCCCGAGGCAGUUCUUCCACCAAUGGAAAGGUGUCUUUUUGACUCUCUUUUCUAUGCAGCCCCUUUUGCCCUUGAGAAAUCUGCUUGUGAAGGAUGAUGUACCUUAUGGAGCAUCAUGAGAGGUGGCUCAGGGGGGGUUUAGGGAAAGCAAUGAAAAUAUGCUCCCCUUUUGUCACUGAUAUCUUCUGCUGCAUCAAAUUAUUUUGCAAGUGGAGAAGCUGUUUUACUUAUGGAUCCAAACAACUGUUUAAAAUAGUUAUUAUUGACAUUUCAGGUGAUUUUAUUGAUGACUGUUAUUGUAUAUGCUUCUCUCUACACUCAAAUAAAGCAUAUUCUGGUUAAACUUA